AUGCUCCGUUUAGUUGCAAUCCUUGUCACAGCUUGCCCUUGUGCAUUGGGACUUGCCACCCCAACUGCUGUUAUGAUGGGAACCGGUAUCGGUGCGCAGCGCGGCAUCCUCUUCCGAAACGGCGAAGCACUUGAACGCGCUGGAGACUUAACCACAAUUGUCCUCGAUAAAACAGGCACCUUGACAGAGGGGAAACUCACGCUUACCGAUAUUCUCACGGAUAAAGACGAAUCAGAACUCCUACAGCUAUCUGCCGCUGCGGAGCGUGGUAGUGAACAUCCUAUUGGCAAAGCAAUUGUUCGAGCAGCUGAGGAACGUGGAAUUGACAUCGCUACGCCAAGUGCGUUUAAAGCGGUUGCUGGACACGGUAUCGCCGCACAGGUCGGUGAAAAUAGGGUCGUCAUAGGCAAUUUAUCCUUAAUUCAACAGCACAACAUUCCUACUAAAAGAUUUGAAGAAGAAGCAGACCGUCUACAGACGGAAGCGAAAACCGUUCUAUGGGUUGUCGUUGAUGGGCACGUUGUUGGACUUCUGGCGGUCGCGGACACAUUGAGAUCGGAAGCGCAGGCUACAGUCGCGGAACUCUACGAACUUGGAUGUACUGUAGUAAUGAUGACAGGGGAUAACCGCGUUACCGCUGAUGCGAUCGCCAAGGCAGCGCGGAUUAGCGAUGUCAUGGCAGAACUCAAACCCGAAGAUAAAGCGGCAGCCGUUAAAAAGUUACAGGCGGAAAAUAGUGAACUCGUCGCGAUGGUAGGCGACGGCAUUAACGAUACCCCCGCAUUGGCACAAGCCGAUAUCGGAAUCUCACUCGGCACAGGCACCGAUAUUGCCAGGGAGACAGCACACGUGACGCUCAUGCACAGCGAUUUGCGUGGACUCCCCGAUGCAAUUCGGCUAAGCCGCUCGACCAUGCGCACGAUUAAACAGAACCUUUUCUGGGCGUUCUUCUACAAUGUACUUUUAAUUCCUGUCGCAGCGGGCGCGCUUUAUCCGCUAUCUUUCGUGCCGAUGAUGUUUCGGGAGCUACACCCGAUGCUUGCAGCGUUCGCCAUGGCGUUUAGUAGUGUUUCUGUUGUGCUAAACAGUCUGCGGCUGCAAUGGAAAAAGACCUGA